ACGCAGCAAGUGGCAGCAAAAUGUAUAGUCGUGUAUCUAUCCUAUUCGUUCUAUGCUGGUGUUUUAUUUUCACCUCUUCCCGGGAAAACCGUAGGAAUCCAAACCUUAAACUGUUCAUGAAGUGUGGUGAACUUAAGGAAAAUAUCAGUGGACCCAUAAGUGUCACCGAUAUUAGCAAGUUUACUGGUGACACCAAUGAGGAUUCAGUUGUCAGUGGUCCUGUGUGUCAACCUAACAUUACAGAGACUGGAGUUAGUGAGAUAGAACUUUAUUGGCAGUUCGAGGGAACGAAUAUUCCGAGAGCCACGACUGAAGAGGGUGAUCGUUCAGGAUGGAUCGCUGUGAUUUAUGCUGAUGGAGGAAAGCUAAAUUUA